AAGAUGCGUUUCAUCGACUGGCGAUGGCUAUUAGUGAUAUGUACGGCUGAGUUAUUCCACAUCAACUCAGCAACAAAUCCUAUAUCGAUUCCAAAAACACAGAAACAUGGCAAUAUCGUUAUUGCAGCUGUUGUUGCAACGUCAUUGCUGCCGGAUGAUAGCUCGCUGAGUGAAUGUGAUAAGGAAGGAUUUGACCUUAAUCCAGCCGGUCCUCUCGUACCUUGCUCUUUUCUUGAUGAGAGGUCUUAUCUUCAUUAUUAUGAAUACAGUUAUGUAAAGUGGAUUGAAUGUGAUGAGCCAGUUGAUAUUUCAUCUACACAAAAUACAAAUAUCACAAAGCGAACUGACUUAUUACAUUCUAAGAUUGAUGGUGGUUGUUACAAAUUCGGUGGAACUCACUAUGAGACUGUUGAACGUACGAAUGUGACUUGCCGUGUGCUACCGUGCAUUGAAUGUCGUGGCGCGAGGACGUUCACCAGAGAAGUCCCUUGCAUAAAAUAUACGGGUCAUUAUUUUCUUUCAACACUUCUGUAUUCAAUAUUUCUUGGCAUGUUAGCUGUAGAUCGAUUUUGUUUGGGGUAUUCGGCGAUAGCGGUUGGCAAGCUGAUGACAUUAGGCGGGUUGGGCUUAUGGUGGAUAGUGGAUAUCUUUCUGUUGAUCACCGGAAGUUUGACUCCAGCUGAUGGAUCGAAUUGGAUGCCUUAUUAUUGA